GAGCGGUCCGAGGUGGGAGGUGCAGUAACCGGCUCCGGAGCCCCUCCCGAGUCCCCGCGCCCUGCGCCGCGCGCUCUGCACCCUGCGGGAGGGCUGAGCCCGGACUCCAGGCGGGCAGGUGCGGAGCGAGCAGAGGAUCGCGGCCAAGGGUAGAAGCAAGUCCUGCGGGGAGAGAGGCGCCGCUGCUCCAGCUGCUGCCUCCGCCGCCACCACCACGGAGCCGGCGUCCAGAGCCGGGCUGGCAGGCUGGGCGCGCAGCGGCGAGGGCAGGAGGGGCGCGCUCAUGGAGCACACUCACGCCCACCUCGCAGCCAACAGCUCGCUGUCCUGCGGCUUGGGCUUCGUGCCCGUGGUCUACUACAGCCUCCUGCUGUGCCUCGGUUUACCAGCAAACAUCUUGACGGUGAUCAUCCUCUCGCAGCUAGUGGCCAGGCGGCAGAAGUCCUCCUACAACUAUCUCUUGGCGCUGGCCGCGGCCGACAUCCUGGUCCUCUUCUUCAUCGUGUUUGUCGACUUCCUGUUGGAAGACUUCAUCCUGCACAUGCAGAUGCCUCAGGUCCCCGACAAGAUCAUCGAAGUCCUGGAGUUCACCUCCAUCCACACCUCCAUCUGGAUCACGGUUCCCUUGACCAUCGACAGGUACAUCGCCGUCUGCCACCCGCUCAAAUACCACACCGUCUCCUACCCGGCCCGCACCCGGAAGGUCAUUGUCAGCGUUUACGUCACCUGCUUCCUGACCAGCAUCCCCUACUACUGGUGGCCCAACAUCUGGACCGAGGACUACAUCAGCACCUCCGUGCACCACGUCCUGGUGUGGGUACACUGCUUCACCGUGUACCUGGUGCCCUGCUCCAUCUUCUUCAUCUUGAACUCCAUCAUCGUGUACAAGCUCAGGAGGAAGAGCAACUUUCGCCUCCGUGGCUACUCCACUGGGAAGACCACCGCCAUCUUGUUCACCAUCACCUCCAUCUUCGCCAUGCUCUGGGCCCCCCGCAUCAUCGUGAUCCUCUACCACCUCUACGGGACGCCCAUCCAGAACCUCUGGCUGGUGCACAUCAUGUCCGACGUGGCCAACAUGCUGGCCCUCCUGAACACGGCCAUCAACUUCUUCCUUUACUGCUUCAUCAGCAAGCGGUUCCGAACCAUGGCGGCCGCCACGCUCAAGGCCUUCUUCAAGUGCCAGAAGCAGCCUGUGCAGUUCUACACCAACCAUAACUUUUCCAUAACAAGUAGUCCCUGGAUCUCGCCGGCCAACUCCCACUGUAUCAAGAUGCUGGUAUACCAGUACGACAAAAACGGAAAACCUAUAAAAGUCUCCCCUUGACACCCCCCUGGGUUGGCACCGAGUGCCUCUGUGUGAUCCAUUCCCGAUGGGAGGGCGUCCCAUCCUCUGGCUGAACAGGUCUCCUUAAGAGUGCUAACCUGAUUUCCUGUCUCCACAGACUGAGGAACUCUCAGGGUGGCAGAUGAGAGAGAGACGGAAGAGAAGAAGAAAGGAAAGCAUGAAUCUCGUUUUUCUGUGUGCACUCAUUUCCACAAAAAUAAAAUCACGUCGACAGCAAAAGUUCCUACCCGUUUGGAGAU